UGAUGGAAACUGAGCAGGUUUAUAUGAAUGUGGAGGAAGCGGCAGAAUGGGCUGAUCUAGAUGAAGAUAUUUAUGAAAACUCUAAUGUGGACUUAAAAAAGUGUGUGACCGCUCCGUCAGAACCAUGCACAGUGACAGAACCAGUGCACAGUUCCACGUCUGACAGGAAAUUGUCCACGGCGCCGUCAGAGGACGAGCCCCGCGCUCACAGAGGAGUUGUGUGGACAGUGGUCAUAGUUCUGCUCUCUGCUCUGCUGCUGGCUGCGCUCGUCUUCAUCGUGUUGACCAAGAUCGGAGAGAACACGAAAACCAGUCAGAUGAAGAUGUGGAUCACCAAUCUGACCAGUGAGAGGGACGAGCUGCAGGAGAGGAACAUCGACAUGAAAACAUCUAACUACAACCUGAGUGCACAGAUAAACCUGCUGGAGGAAAACAUUCAAACUUUAGAUGGAGAUCGGAAUAAGCUGAGAAAAGAGCUCCAGGACCUGAAGGAGAGACAUGCAGACCUCAGGCGCAUCAUGGAGACCAUAAGUUGCCCUAAAACAUGGGUCAGAUUUGGAAACAGUAUAUAUCUGGUUUCACAAAUUGCAAAGAACUGGACGGACAGCAGACAGCACUGUGAGGAGCUCAGGGCCAGUCUGGUGAUCAUCUCCAGCCCAGAGGAGCAGGCUUUUGUGAGUAAGUUGACUUUUCAGAAUGUGUGGAUCGGUCUGACAGACAGAGAAACAGAGGGCGUGUGGAAAUGGGUGAAUGGAGAAGCAGUAAACACCACGCACUGGAGACCCAAUCAGCCAGAUAACUGGGGAGAAGAAGACUGUGGAGAAAUUUCUUUUGAUAAACUGUGGAAUGACAGAGAUUGCAGUGAGAAAAAGCACUUUGUCUGUGAGAAACAGAUUCCUGGUGUGUGUAACUGUCAGCUCUAGUGCUCCUGGAGUUGUCGUCACAAUCCCAAGAUGCACCUCCAAACCACAAAGUUUGAUAUGGGCCACGGAGCUUUUCCGCUCAUUCUGAUCUCCUCUAUGAUAUUGUGCUUUUCUUCAGAUUUUGGUUUUACAAAGCCUUAAAUUGUAUUUGUUAGGUCCAGCAGCCCAUAGUGCACUAAAAACAUAAAGCACAAUCUUGUGUCUGCCAGUGGAACAGCAGACACUACCAGACAUAACAAUGGAAAUGGUUUUUCACAGACUGUGAUAAAACCUUUGAAGACAUUCAUUCUUACUCUUAGAUUUUGUUUGGACUAGUAACAAGUCCAACUCCUUACAGGUUUGAAGAGGCAUGAUUUUUCUGCAGGCUUCUCUGUUUUUUCUCUGUAUUCCUGUGACUAACCAGCUUUAGUCAGUAUGAGUCCUUUGCUCGCAUCCUGCACAUGACAGGAAAUCAUUGUAUAGUAUUAUAGUAUUAUCUUAUUAGUGUUAAUAAUUGUUCUAUUCCUAUUUAUCUAUGUGCUUAUUGUGGGUCUUGUAUA